GGCUCAACGAAAUCAAAGCCACCUAACCGUUGUUGUUUCUGGGAGAUUCGAGAAACUACGACAUUUUCUGAUCACCAACGCUGUUCAGGCAACGACAAUAUACAACCAUGGCGGGAGGUGCGAAUUUCAUGAACAGAGUUGUCUCCUACCUCGUCAAUGAGGUUCUGGUUAAUAGCCUUGCCAACAGCCGUGCAUUCCAGAGGUUUGCUGUGAGGACGUCAAAGAGGAUUGAAGAUAUUUCAAGCAUUGCUGCCAAGAAGAAGGAACAACUUGCUGAACAGAUGAAGGAUUUAUCUAGAAACAUGGAUUCUUUCAAAGACCGUUGAUACUUGGGUGGUGGUUGUGGUCCUGUUAUUGCAGCAUCUGUAUAUGGUGAAAUGGAAUGCUUUUUCUUUCUCCGCCAGCGUAAAGAAGUUUUGUGUUUCGUAGAUGUGCUUUUGAAUGCACGUAGCAUGUUGUUAGUUUCCAACUUGUUUAAACUCUGGUGAUUCUAAACCUUUUACAAUAUUGUAAUCAGCAGCUGAGUUAGAAGCUAAGUAGACCCCUUUUACGCGGCUUUACCCCUUUUA